AGGAUUUUGUGUUUCACAUUUCCAAUGAAAUUUUGUUAACAAUUCUCUCAUAAAUUCUUGACGUUCCGUUGUUCAUUUCAAUUUUUCUUUGAAACUCUUUCUUUUUUUUUCUCCUGUUUUUUUUUGAGGGUUUGAAUCUUGUUUGGGGUAGAGAGGUUGAUUGACGGAAUUUGUGAAGAAUGGCGACGACGACCACCAGUAUUGGCGGCGAUGGCGGUGGUGAAGAUAGAGUUAUGGCUACGGCUCAGCAGAUACUGAAGAGUCUCAACACUCCUAAGGAGGUUCGAGACGACAUGCUUUUGAUCUUCUCUAGCUUCGAUAAUCGUCUAUCUAAUAUCACCAGUUUGGUCAACAGUGGAGAUUCGAAGAGGGAGGGGGAUCGAUUUGAAGCUGCUGAGAAAGUGAUUCUUCGUUGGGAUUCCGGUCAGGGAGCUUCUCGGAACUCCCUGUUUUGGGAGGACGCGCCGGAUGAGGCAGUGGAGUACUUAUCGGCGGUGGAUGAUAUUCUUCACUGGAUGGACGAGUUGUCAAUUCAGUCUGAUUCGGCUAAGAUCGUCGAGCGUGCUGAGAACGCGAUCCAGAUCGCUAUGUCGCGGCUUGAGGAUGAGUUUCGUCAUAUGUUGAUUCGGAACACCGUUCCGCUCGAUGCGGAGCAUCUCCACGGUUCAAUUCGUAGGGUUUCCCUCUCUUUUGCUUCACACGAAGGCGAAAAUUCCGAUGAGUUCGAAUCCUUUGCCGAUGUUGACCGUGGUUCGGGGAUUUUCCAUGAGCGUGGUGUUAGUUUGGGCGACGAUUUGCGCGUCGAUUUGAUCAAUCCUGACGCCGUCGAUGAUCUGAAGGAGAUCGUGGACCGAAUGAUUCGAUCUGGAUACGAAAGAGAGUGUCUGAAUGUGUAUAUUAGCGUCCGCCGCGAUGCUUUAGAUGAGUGCUUGGUUGUUCUUGGAGUUGAGAAGCUUGGAAUUGAGGAUAUCCAGAAGAUUGACUGGAAAUCUUUGGAUGAGAAGAUGAAGAAAUGGAUCCAAGCUGUUAAGGUCAGUGUUCGAGUUCUUUUGACCGGCGAGAAACGACUCUGUGAUUAUAUCUUUAGUGGUUCCGAUGACUCUGAGGAAGCUUGUUUCAAUGAGAUUGCCAAAGGGUGCGUCAGGAAAUUACUCAAUUUUGCAGAGGCCAUUGCUAUAGGGGAAAGAUCAGUCGAGAAGCUAUUUCGAAUUCUCGAUAUGUAUGAAGCUCUGGCAUACGUUCUACCGGACUUGCAGGCUAUGGUUCCCGAUGAAAUCGUGAUCGACGAGGCGAAGGGAGUGCUUUCUAGGCUGGGAGAGGCUGCUAAAGGUACAUUUUGUGAAUUUGAGAAUGCUGUUCGUAGUGAGACUUCUAAGAAAACGAUGCUAAAUGCUGAGAUUCAUCCGCUCGCUCGUUACGUCAUGAAUUACUUAAGAUUGCUUGUUGUUUAUAGCAACACUCUGGAUGAACUUUUAGAAGGCGAUGACGACGAGGAUUCGCGUCGUAUAGGGGAUGAUGGUGGUUUGAAUUUGGAGCUAGAAACCAUGUCUCCGUUAGCUCGUCGAUUGUUUUCAUUGAUAGCGUCAUUGGAGAGCAAUCUUGAGAGGAAAUCCAAACUUUAUGCGGAUGAUUCGUUGCAAUAUAUAUUUCUCAUGAACAAUAUACAAUAUAUAGUGCAGAAAGUGAAAGAUUCUGAGCUUGGGAAGCUCUUGGGUGACCGUUGGGUCCGUAAGCGUCGAGGCCAGGUUCGGGUAUAUGCAACGAGCUAUCUAAGGGCUUCGUGGGGCAGAUUGUUAUCUUUCUUGAAGGAAGAAGGGACUGGUGGGAGCUCUAAUAGUGCACUGAAACUAGCUGCUUUAAAGGAAAAAUUCAAAAAUUUCAAUGCUGGCUUUGAGGAACUCUAUAGAGUUCAGACAGGUUGGAAGGUAGCAGAUCCUCAACUACGAGAAGAGCUUCGAAUUUCGAUAUCGGCAAAGGCGUUACCUGCAUAUCGUGCCUUCGUGGGAAGGCAUGGAAGUCAGAUAGAGAACACGAGACAUGCCGGGAGGUAUAUAAAGUACAGUUCGGACGACUUGGAGAACUAUUUAUUGGAUUUGUUUGAAGGAUCAGCUUGUGUUCUAAAUCACUUACGAAGAAAAAGUAGUUCAUAGAAGAGAUACUGAGGCGAAUCUGCUGUCAGGUAUGACCCAUUGAAGUGGUUUCCUGAUAUUUUGUGUUGUUCUUGGUGUUAAUACAAUAGGGUCAGAAAGACUUGUGUACAUGUUUUAUAGGCUAAAACUUAUGUAUGUCUGUAUUGUAGCCAUACCAUGUUCUUUAAGAUCAAAAUCAAACUAUCAUUUGAAUGAUAUGCUUGAAAAUUUUUAACAUCCCUCGUAGGGUAUUGCAGCAGGAGAUAGCUAUGA